AUGCCAACCCAUGUCCAGAUAGCCCUUCAUCGCGAAAUCUUCAGCGGCCCCUGGGGCCGGCACACGACCUACGCAGAUUGGACCGAGGAGAAGCCCUUUGGCAUCCACCAGCACGACGAGCGCAUCACCGCGCUCUAUCUCCGAGGCUGGGACGAUGUGGACUGCGUGCAGAUAAAGUACGACGACCGGUGGGGCUAUCAUUACGGAUCCGAAACCGGAGGCGCGCCGCAGCACCUCGACCUGGCGAAGGACGAGUACGUGGAGUCAAUUGAUGUGCGUUACGGCCACAAGCUUGGGAUGGUCAAGUUUGUGACGAACAAGGAACGUGAGGUGCAGGUUGGUAAGGAAAGGCAUGGUUUUGUGUGGGGGACGGCCGAGCGUGGCGGCUGCGAGUUGACGAGCGUUAAUGUCACCAAAUACGAGGCCCACACUCCUCCAGGCUGCGAGGGCAUCAUCUUUGGGUUUAGGUCGCGGUGGACGCUGCCGCCGCUCGUCUAG